AGCACGGACAGUGGGAGGUGGCGCCCUUGCCGCCAUAUUCGAGUUCCGGGUGGCGGAAGGGAGGCGAGUUGCCUCCGUGCUUCCUGACUGCCGGCGCCUUAGUGCGGGGACACCUGGGUGCAUCAGCCGCGGGAAAUGGAGCCCGUGACCUUUGAGGAUGUGGCUGUGAACUUCACCUUAGGAGAGUGGACUAUGUUGGAUUCCAGUCAGAAGAAGCUCUACAGAGAUGUGAUGAAGGAGACAUUUUUGAACCUGAUCUCCAUAGGGAAAACAGAAGAAGAAGAUAUUGAAGAGGAGUACCAGAAGCCCAAGGGAACCCUGAGAACUCUGGUGGUUGAGAGGCUCUGUAAAUAUGAUGAUGGGGGUCCGAGUGGAGAAAGCUGCCGACAGAGUCCAGAGCAUGUUGUGAAUGAAAACAUGCCUCCUGCAGUACAUGAGUGCGAAAGAGACAUGAUUGCUCAUUUACCCUCAGAUACACAUUUCAAAGGUCAGACUGGAGAGAAACCAUACCAGUUCCAGGAACAUAUGGAAAAGGCUUUUAAAUAUCAGAAAUGUUGGAAUGAUUUCAGCUAUUCUGAGUUGCUUCGGAUACAUAAAAGCCCUCCUAUGAGACAGAAACCCUAUGAAAACAAACAGUCUAAUGAAGCUUAUAGUUUCACUUCUGAUCACGAUUAUGAGGGAACUUACACUGAAAAGAAAUCAUAUGUUUGUAAACAAUGUGGGAAAGUGUGGAGUGAUUCCUGUAGCCUUCUCUGGCAUGAAAAAAGUCACAUUCAAGAGAAACGUCACACAUGUAAGCAGUGUGGAAAAGCAUUUAGUCGUCCCUCACAGCUUCACAAACAUGAACGAAUCCACACUGGUGAGAAACCCUAUGUCUGCACACAUUGUGGAAAAGGGUUCAUUGAUCGCAGAACCUGUUACAACCACGAGAGGACUCACACUGGCGUGAAACCGUAUGCUUGUAAACAGUGUGGGAAAGCCUUUCUUCGGUCCUGCCAACUCCUCAUCCAUGAAAGAAUUCAUACUGGAGAGAGACCUUUUGUGUGUAAACAUUGUGGGAAAGCCUUCACCUACUCCAGUGCUUGUUAUUACCAUGAAAGAAUUCACACUGGAGAAAAGCCCUGUGUUUGUAAGCAGUGUGGGAAAGCAUUUAAAUGUUCUGCCUACCUUCACAUACACGAAAGAUCUCACAGUGGAGAAAAGCCCUACGUAUGUAAGCAUUGUGGAAAAGCCUUUGCUUAUGCCACUGGAUGUCACAAGCAUGAAAGGACCCACUCUGGAGAGAAACCAUAUAUGUGUGUGCAGUGUGGGAAACUAUUCAGUUUCCCCAGAUCCCUUCACAUACAUGAGAGAUCUCACAGUGGAGAAAAGCCCUAUGUGUGUAAGCAGUGUGGGAAGUCUUUCAGUCAGGGAACUUCUUUGAGAAGACACGAACGAAUUCACACUGGAGAAAAACCGUAUGUAUGUAGGCAAUGUGGGAAAGCCUUCAUCCAACGUGAUGAUUGUUACAGUCACGAGCGAACUCACACUGGAGAGAAACCAUACAUGUGUGUUCAGUGUGGGAAAACUUUCACCUUUUCCAAAUCCCUUCAAAUACAUGAAAAAAAUCACACUGGAGAAAAACCCUAUAUAUGUAAGCAGUGUGGGAAAGCCUUUACCUGUUCCACGUACCUUCUCAGACAUGAAAGAACUCACAGUGAAAAACUCAGUGAGUAAUAUUUCUACCGGUGUGAAUCGUGGGAAUGUCUGAUGUCAACUUGAGGUAUGGAAGAAGAAAGCGGAGAGAUACUGGAGUAUGAGAGCUGCAGAAGAGUAACUUUGGUCCUCGCGUGCAGGUUUCUGUAAGAAGAGAACCUGUAUGCCAGAUGUGCUGCUGCCUGUUUUCAUCCCAGCAGUGAGAAAGCGGGGCUAGACAAUUACAGUAGUAAAUGAAGCUUACGCUAUUUACCGGGCUUAAACACUUGAGAGGUUUAAGAACCAACUGCAACUAAAUGGAAUUAUCUGUAAAUAGAAGAAAGUUGUGAGUUUACCGAUAAGAUAAAAUUUACGAAAAUUUCUCUUGUGGUUGAGUUCUAAAGAAAUUGAAGAUAUUGAAGAUAAAUUUGGGUUGAAUGGGUUAAAAUAAACCACAUGAAAGAGA